AAUCAAUCACAUAUAUCAACGACAACACUACCACUUCCAACCAUUAAAAUUGGAUUGGUAACAUGUUCAAAUCUACCCAAUCUUGCUCAUGAUGACCUCAUCAUGUUCAGGACAUUGUCGAGCCUUGGUCUAUUCACAGUGGAACCAGUGAUCUGGGAUGCCAAAGAUAUCAAAUGGUCCAACUACUCUCUUUUAAUCCUUAGAUCAACUUGGGUAUGUUUGACCU